CCCGUAUAAAACCAAAGGAGGGCGAGGUAAUCAAAUCCUUCCACCUCAAACCCUAGGCCUAAAACUAUUAUUUUGGGGGUUUUUCGUUUCUUCGAGAAUCAUUGCAUUUCCUCUGAUUUCGGGGGGGAAAGGGGCGAAUUCAGGGGAAAGAUUGAAUUUUGUACCUCUACGUCGGCCUAUAUGCUUUGUAUCGGGGCGAGCCUUCCGGUUACGAGGGUCCCCCACCAGCGCCUGUUUCACGAGGAGAGGAGGCGGAGGUCGGGGAUUCAGUGGCGGCGAUCGUCGAUCGAAAUGGAGUCUACGAUCAAGCCUGCCGCCGUGAUCGCGGUGCCGCGGCCGCUGAUCAUGACGUCGGGAGCGAGCGGGCGCGUGAACGCGCUGCUGUCACUCGUCUCGCUCCAGGCCCUUCGGAGCCUGCUGCAGCUCCUGAACGGGUUUAUUCUUCUGCUGCUCCUCCCGUUCCGGCGGCAGACUGUGGUGGUGUCGGCGGUGGAGAGGCCGCCGGAGACGGUGGCGGGGAAGGGGGAGGGGGGGAGCGGGGCGAGGAAGGGGGCGGGGUGCGGAGGGGCGAUGUUGUUGAGGGUUCCGGCGGCUAUGGUGCCGUGGUGGCCAAGGGAAUCCCAGGAGGCGGCAGCGAGGCUGGCGAUGGCGAUCCGGCGGAUGGGGGUGAAGGAGGAGGAGGACGAGGGGCGGAGGAGCGAGCGGAGGUUUGCGCUGUUCGCAACGGCGAGAGCGGAUACGCUCUUCACCCAGUCGUGGGCGCCCGUUUCCGUUCAAACCAAGGGACUGGUGGUUCUUUUGCAUGGCUUGAAUGAGCACAGUGGAAGAUAUAAUUGUUUUGCAAAGCAACUGAAUGAUAAUGGAUUUAAAGUGUAUGCAAUGGAUUGGAUUGGACAUGGAGGAAGUGAUGGGUUGCAUGGUUAUGUCCAUUCUCUUGAUUAUGCAGUUGAUGAUCUGAAAGCAUUCUUGCAAAAGGUGUUGUCAGAGAAUCCUUGGUUGCCAUGCUUUUGCUUUGGUCACUCAACUGGUGGUGCUAUUGUUCUGAAGGCUGCAUUGGAUCCAAAGGUAAAAGUCCAUGUUGAAGGUGUGGUCUUGACAUCUCCUGCCAUUAGGGUUCAGCCAUCUCAUCCAAUUGUUCCUAUCAUUGCACCCAUAUUCUCCCUUCUAGUUCCAAGAUACCAAUUUAGUGCGUCCUAUAGGAGUGGACCGCCUGUUUCCCGUGACCCUGAGGCCGUGAGGGCCAAGUAUUCCGACCCACUUGUGUUCACUGG